AAAAUAUUCCAAGAGAUGCUGUCUCUUGGAAAAGUUUUUCUCUUGGAAAGCAUUACCGCAAGCUCUGAACAGUGUGGAACUUCCGGCAUCAGCCGACACCGAGGAGGAGGAGCUAAAACAUCCGGGAAGAAGAAGGAGACGUCUCUUGCGGCGCUGAAAGCAAAGAGAUGGCAGCAUCGUAACAAAGAAAAAAAUCGAAUAUCUCCAGGCACCUGCUGGUUUGUGAGAGAUGCUGACCUCGUCUUACCAGUAAGCAGAGCCCGACGUCCCCAGACCAGCCGAGCCAGGACAGACAGCAGGACGCAGAUCAGACCCAUUAUGGCUGCCAGGCAGCAGAGACCUGCAGCUGCUUCUGACGGCCCAGCAGAGGCCAAAAAGACGGACAUCAGGGCCAAUGAGAAGAAGUGCUCUUGGGCUUCCUACAUGACCAAUUCUCCAACUGUGAUAGUGAUGAUUGGGUUGCCCGCCAGGGGAAAAACCUACAUGUCCAAGAAGCUGACACGCUACCUCAACUGGAUUGGAGUGCCAACUAAGGUAUUUAACCUUGGAGUGUAUAGGAGAGAAGCAGUGAAGUCAUACAAGUCCUAUGACUUCUUCAGACAUGACAAUAAAGAAGCAAUGCAAAUUAGAAAACAGUGUGCCUUGGUGGCAUUGGAGGAUGUCAAGGCCUAUCUGAAUGAGGAGGGAGGCCAGAUCGCUGUUUUUGAUGCAACCAACACAACCAGAGAGAGGAGGGGACUCAUCCUUAAUUUUGCACAGGAUAAUGCAUACAAGGUGUUUUUUGUUGAAUCAAUAUGUGACGAUCCAGAUGUCAUCGCUACAAAUAUCCUGGAUGUGAAGGUGUCCAGCCCAGAUUACCCUGAGAGGGACAGAGAAAGUGUCAUGGAGGAUUUUCUGAAGAGAAUAGAGUGUUAUAAAGUGACGUACCAACUUUUAGAUCCGGACGAACAUGACAAGAACCUUUCCUUCAUCCAGGUCAUCAAUGUCGGCCGUCGUUUCUUGGUCAACAGGGUGCAGGACUACAUCCAGAGUAAAAUAGUGUACUACCUCAUGAACAUUCACGUACACUCCCACUCCAUCUACCUCUGUCGGCAUGGAGAGAGCCAUCACAAUGUGGAAGGACGCAUCGGGGGAGACUCUGAGCUGUCAGAGAGGGGGAAACAGUUUGCAGCAGCACUGAAGGGUUUUGUGGAAGAGCACCGCCUGUCAGACCUGAAAGUUUGGACCAGCCAACUGAGACGCACCAUUCAGACGGCAGAGGAGCUGGGAGUCCCCUACGAGCAGUGGAAGAUCCUUAAUGAAAUAGAUGCUGGAGUGUGUGAAGAAAUGACCUAUAAAAUCAUUGAGGAAACAUACCCAGAGGAGUUUGCCAUGAGGGACCAUGACAAGUACCAUUACCGCUACCCUGGAGGAGAGUCCUACCAGGACCUGGUUCAGCGGCUGGAGCCAGUUAUCAUGGAGCUGGAGCGACAGGGCAACGUGCUGGUCAUCUGUCAUCAGGCUGUCAUGCGCUGCUUGCUCGCCUAUUUCCUGGACAAGAGCGCAGAUGAUCUACCCUACUUGAAGUGUCCCCUGCACACUGUCCUAAAACUCACUCCUGUGGCUUAUGGUUGUAAAGUGGACAUGUUUGACUUGAAGGUGGAGGCUGUCAACACUCACAAGGACAGACCAUUAAAACAAGUCACAACAGAUGCUGUGCCACCAGCUUUCCACCGACGAAACAGCUUCACUCCGUUGUCCAGCCAAGACCAGAUUAAACGACCUCGUCUUUACAGUGUGGGCAACCCUCCACAGACCCGCAUGUCCCAGGCCCCCACUUUACCCAGCAUGCAGUUCUCUGAGGCAUCUGAAGGGGCAGAGCUGCUACAAAGCGAGGACUCUGUGAACGGUGUCAUUGCAGCAGACACAGACGACUGUGUUCGGAGUUAAAGAAGCACAAAAAGAGGCUUUUCUCCACAUGGAUGUAUCACCAGUUCUGAGGACCACCAGUAAAAUCCCAACAUCUCCAGCCAUUACAUUCUUAAGCACUGUAUUACGCACCACAUCUGUGUAACCCUAUAUGUGUUAUCUGUUUUGUUUUUGUUUGAUAGGGGGAUAUGUGUGAUAGGGUGAGUAUGCACAUAUAUACAUGAACUCAAUGCCUUUGCACAAUAGUCUUCAAAUCUAGGCUGCGAUCCACCUCAGAUAUAUAAUGUAAAGAUCUCUGGUAAAGAGACUCUGAAAACCCAUCCAUUAGCUCCUAGCACACUCCAUAUGCUGUACUCUACAGUCAUAUUAUGUUGUAUUAGAUGCAGAACAUGUUGAUUGUGAAUUGUAUACCUCAUUGAAAGCUAUUGCCUUCAGUUUUAGUGGAAGAGUGAGCCUCUCUUAAAGGAAGCCAUGCACAGCCUAAGUUUUCCCUCAGAUUCUCUCUUAAAGUUACCCAUUUAAACAUUCCGAGGUAAUGUCCAUCAUUCCUCUGGUGGUCUGACAAGAUGUAGUAGUAAUUUUAUUUUUUAGUGUAAUUUAAAGCACAUUAAGUUGCAACUUAGCUUGCAGUGGGCAGACACAAGCUGUAAAAAGUAAUGAAAUGUUUCGUCUAGCCCUAUAAAAAAGUGCAGCAGCUACUGUGCUUUUCUUCUGUGACAAUUAUUCCAUUCUUCUCUUCAAUGAUGCCUACCUGUAUGUUUUGCCUUUUACUCAAUUAACAGCUUUAAUAUGUUCAGCUGUCUACUGUGCUGUCUACUGUAAUGAUGUAAAGCUGAUCACAUUUGAACUCAAAAUUUAUGCAAAUAUUACAAACACAAAGUGCUCAAGUAUUCAACAGCAGUGGAUAUUUUUAAUGCAUUUUAAUUUCUUCAUAAAGACAAGCAAAUCAGUCAUACUGUAUGUUAAGUACUACCUUCAUGUGGAUAACAUUCACAUGACUUUGAUUUUAAUAUCAGGAAUAAAUCAAUCAUUUGGAAAAGUGCCUUUAUUUAAAUGACUACAAGGCUGCGACAAUAGUAAUCAAGAGUAUUUAAAAUAUUAUAGUAUAUGCAUGUUAUGCAAAAGUAUGUGUCACUUGAAUUGAAGGAUUGACAAUAAAUGUGGAUGUCUUAAAAAGAGCUUUAAUGUUGUUACACACUGUGCCACAGAUGUUUCAUUAAAUAAAGUUCAUUUUACGCAGUUUUUACAA